AUGAAUACAACCAAAGCAGCACUUGCAAGAAAGAUGGUAGUAGAGGCGCAUGUCCUCCCCCUCGGAGAAAAAUUAGAUCGAAUCUCCAGUAUUUCAACCAACGCCAGCCGACAAGAAUUAGAUUCCUUAUUCUCCCAAACCAUAGAAUCAAUAAUCAUUACUCCCAACAAUAUAAUCAACGAAUUAAUCAGGAUUAAAUCCUUAUUAGACCCUAAGACAUUCUAUGAUCGUAAAAUAAGAAGGAAAUUGUUGGAAUUGGGUGAGAGUUUGGAUGAAUGGAUUGCAUUGGGACUGGAAAUGGAUAGUCUUGCCGCUAGAGAAGUGAUUAUCAUGAAGGUUUUUGCUAGGAUUGAAUUGUAUACUUCUGAAUUUAGGGGGAUUGUGUGUGAGAUUGGAAGUGAUUCCAAGGAUGAAAUGAUUGGGUUUUUUGAACAGGAUUGUGAACUGGGGGUGUUUAGGAAGGUAGCGGUUCCGAAAUUGGUUGAACAACAUGAUGAGGAUGAGGAUGAAGAUGAUCAAUCUAGUAUUGAAGAAACAUCCAGUAAUGUCGUUAUUAAUGGCGAUUUUGGGGUUUUGGUAGAGGAUGGAGAGGAUGAAGAAAAAGAUGAGAUUACAAAACUUGCAGAAGGUGAUAAUAAUGAUCUUCCUCGCUCCUACCAAUUUGUUAAACCUUUACUUCCUAAAAAACUUUAUAAAUCCAAAAAAUUAAAAAUUGAAGAUAAAUCUCCAACUGCUGAUAUAAUAUUUAAUACCUUGAUGGCAAAUGUAGAAGUAACGUGGAAGAAAAUCCUUCAUGAUUUCUUAGAGAAUGGGGUUAAACAAAGUUAA